UCUGACGGCCUCUACUACGCUGUGACCCCGGCGCGUGCUCCGUUUGCGUGCGAAUCUACAACCUUUGCGAAGGUUACUUCUUGAAGGUCAAAAGGCCCUCUCUCCCGUCUUUCUCUUGACCACUUAUUUUUGUCAUGUGGCUCGCUUUCCUUUAUAUUUUCUAGGACACCAUGAUGCCCCGAACCCAGCAGAAAACGGGCUGGUACUCUCUCAUCUUCUGAGUCCUUGUUGUAUUCUUGACUAUAAUAGAUCACAGCACAUAUACCUUGAUUUCUUGUUACUUACACACAGACGAUAAAGUCUGCCACAACCGACGAAAUGAGGUCCGAUCUGCCGGUUGAUAUGGGAUCCAGUUUCCGCCGUGCUGGGGAACGAUUAAGGUCCAUCGCAAAGAUGAAUCGCUGGGCGAAAACCCAGUAUGAAGGAAAAGCCGGCGAUACAGACACCAUUACCAACUGCUAUCUCCUUGCGCUACCGACCGAGCUGCUCCUGGAAAUCAUUUCUCACCUGUCGGUGCUGCCCGAGGCAUGUCUGGCGCUGACCUGUAAACGCCUCUACUCGAUAUGCGGUGCUACCCUGGGUGCCAAACCCCUCCAUUUCAGUGGAGACUUUGCACCGCUUUUCCACCACUACCGAAAUGGACACAAUUUCGUCACACCACGUUGGCAAUUUAUAAAUUUGCUAGAAGAUAAUAGGUGGCGGGCAUGUUCUCGAUGCUUGAAACUCCACCCGCGGAGCUUCUUUCCCGCGCGAGAGCUGAAACGAAAGUCCGAGGAUAGAUCAUGCAACCUAGGGAGUUCGGCAGGCAUAGUAGAUCUGUGUCCUUGCAAGAAGUUGACCUUCCAGGAUAAGGUGGAGCUUGUCGAACUCUUGAGGAUACGGCGAAAAACGAUCACAGAUUUGGCGAUCCAGUUUGGUUCCGGGAUGAAGCAGCAGCGUUUCUGCUGGCAUAGUUGCACUGAGGACUACGGAUCGACGCAGCUAGAUAUUGAGAUAUACCCUGAGCUGGAUGACGAAGACCAAUUGAAGAUCAAGACAGAAUACCGCUUGCGCACAGGUUCCGGCCAGCUCGGCAAAGAGGAGCAUAUGACGCCGCGGUUUGGAUGUGCUCACCGGUCCGUUGACUUAUGGCUUUCGAGUGUCUGCCAGACGACUCUCUGUCGCCUUUAUGACAACCAGUGCGCGUCCUGCAAGCGAAUAUCCGUAUGUAAUACAUGCAAUGCCUCACUCAGGUGUCCUCGCAAACAACCAUGUCGAGUGGACGAUGAAACGGGACAAGCAACAUACCAUUUCUAUACUGAAAGGUGCUUGGGAGGAUCGGGGCCUGUACCAGAUCAGACAUGGGCAGCGCAGCGAAUCCAUCCCGCGGAGAAUCUGAUAGACGUCGCAAACUGCAGUGAGCUAUGCCCGUGGACGAUCCGAGAACAUCCACCUUUGGAAGAAGCCCCGUCUUUGGAGAUGAAUAUCCUCAAUCCCGCUAUACAGGAUCAGUCGAUGAAUCAGCUGUAUACCUCGAUCAGUAUGAUUUAGGAUUGGUUGCUGUAGUCACGAAUCUCAUUGUGUGUGAUGCGUUCUAGAUGAACCUGGUUUCGACGUUAUGCAAGGACUCCUGGGGGUUGAAUAGCUUGGGUAGUAAGGGUGUAUAAUGGCUCGAUUAUUGAUUCAGGGUGGUGUUGGGCUUGUUUCUUAGAGGGAAAGGGUUCGGGAUAUAAUUAGUAUAGUAUAGUUAAGCUAGAGAGGGUGUCAACGGAAAGACCCAUACAAUGCACAUGAUAUAACGCUCUGUAUGCAUUUUCGAAAGAAGGGAUAGUCCAGAUGAUCCGCUAACACGGGUUGUUCCGUCUACUGAGUAAAGUACUGGGAGUAAUGUCAUGUAGCAAUCAAGCCAUGGAUGGUAGAACUCACCUGAUCGCGCCUCACCUGACCGCCCGGGGGUUUCUCCGACCCGACGCGGAAACGGAAAAGGCGGCGCGAUCCAGAAGAACAAGAAAGAUAG